GGAGCUGGGCACGUCCCAGGAGGUCCCCGCAGACGUGAGCUGCUGGGGUGAAGGGUUCUGGGGCCUUGGAGGGUGGUGAGGGCAGCCCAGGGCUGGAGUGCUCACAGGGGCCGUGCCUCGGCCUCGGGGCUCCCCCACGCCCCGCGGGCUCCUGGGCUCCUGGCGCACCCGUUUGAGUGUGUGAGUUGUUCUGGCUUCAAGGACUUGCCGCCCCCCAAAGGCUUGCCUAGUCAGCAGAAUGGGGCACCGUCCUCCUUAGCCCUGGUUCGGCCCCUCCUUGGGAGCCGUGGCGAGUCAGUGUCUGGUAAUGUUGGGGUGCAGCUGCUUUACCCGGCAGCCUGCACAGACAGCACCCCUAGUGCCAUGGGUUCCCGUCCGUUGGGGGGAGUGGCCCGCCCGGUCCCUCAGCAGGGCGGCCUCGGAGCCCACGCCGUGGCCGGUGCCAGAUAAGUGCGCUCGCGCAGCUUGGCCCCUGCCCCUGGGCUGCAGCCGCGUGACCAGGCACAUGGGCUUCCGGCUUCCGGGGCUGUGUAGCAGCUCUGUGCACGGGCCCUCGGGUGCCACAGGACCCCCUGUCCCUGCACAGGGGUGGGCCUUCGUCCUCACGUCAGGUGUUCUAGACAUUUGAUGGGGGUGACUUCAUCUCCCCAAAUUUGUCUCCUCUGUGAUGCAAUUCCAGGGCCUCUGAUGGUACCUCGGAGCGACCAAGGCUGUGUCCCCCUUCCUGGUCCCAGCACGGACAGCCAGACCCUGCCUGGCGCGCCUGAGCACACGUGGUCUCCCUGUUUCUUCCAGAAAGAAAAGGGCCCAGAGCCCCUGCUGCUCAUGUCCCCCGCUCGCCCUCCUGCCGCUACGGCAGAGGGACCCUCAGGAGAGGGUGAGACCCUGCUUUCCUUGAGAAGAAGCCCCUGAGGCCCUUCUAGGUGUGGGGUGGAGGGCUGUGCCUUGCCCCCCAGGCAGCUUGGCGGUAGUCGGAGCGCUGCUGGAUGAAGCGUUCUGCUGGUGCCCGUGGGCCCAGAGGUGGGCCUGCUUGGUGGUGUCGCCCAAGACUCUGGGCAGCCAUGAGCAUCUCCUGUGGUUCCCCCUGGUUUGGGAGCCUUACCGGCCCAGCCCCUCCACCUGGUUGGAUGGCACUUCCCCACCGGCCUCCCAAGCAGGAAACCGAAGGCCACUUGUGGCCACGUGCCCUAGGGGCCCCGAGGUCCUCAGGCCUUCACCCCCCACGGGCCUGAGGGUCUCUUGGGGCAUGGACGGGGCCGUCGGGGUUGGGGUCUGCCCACCGAGGCGGAGGCCGAAAGUCACAGUCUGAGCUCCCCGCGGAUGUAGGGAAAAGGGUGUUGGUGCCAGCACAGUGAGCUGGGCCCUACAGCACCACGACCCCUGCAGCGCUGGGCCGCUUCCAGCCUCCUUCCACUGUGAGCCAGUCCAAGCUGGGAUGAUCGCCGCCCCCUUCCACGGGAAUAGCCCUCCCUGUGACCCCGCCACACGCCAUGUGCUUCCCCGCCUUCGCCCAGACUGGAGCAUUUCCACUGCUAAACUUUCCCACCCACUGUGAUAGGCUCUGCUCACUGGCGUCUGCCCCUGGAAGGUGCCAGAGCCUCCUCGAUGGGAUCCCCACUUCCCACCUGGGGGUCCGUGUCGGCUGGGUAGGGCCAGCACACCUAAGUAUCUCAGACCCGUGUUGGUUUCCGGGGAGACAGGUCUACAGGGUGUGGCCGCACAGGUGUCCCCCGGCCUCCUGCUGGGGCUUAACUACCCCUUCUCCCUGCAGGUACUGCUGGCUACCCAGCCCCCGGCCCUCUGCCUCCCCAUCCCACAGAGAUUGAGGGUCCCCGCAGGCCAUGCAGCUGUGCCAAGGUAUGGAGCCCCGCCCCAGCGAGGACAGACGGGGCCCUCCCACCUAGCUCGUGCUUGUCCUCGGAGGCCCGACCUCAGGGCUCCGCUUCCGGAAGCUCUGGGGGUUUCCCGUGCCCACUGAUACCUGAGAAGACGUUUGGAGUCCAGCCUUUCACCCUGACUCCCCUGGACGUGCUGGCUGGAGGGGAGGCGAGAGCUGUAGACACCUCCUCUGGGGCCACCAGUUUGCCAGGGCCCUGAGCACAGAGUGAUGUCCACAGGCCGGCAGCUGCCCCCUGGAGGGUCCCCAGCCCGGGGGCCCUGGGGCAGCAGCUCUUCCUGAGGAGUGUUUACCAUCACCAGCCAGCCUCUGCCCUCUCCAGAAGCUGCAAGGCCACGCACGUGGUAGGGAGCAUUCUCCAGGCACACGGCGGUUUGCAUUGGCUACGUCCUGUGUGCCCUGCUGAGGACCACAGGCACAGGAGGGGUGGCAGGUGUCCUUUACCUCUCCCUUGGGCCUCCCCGCACGUGCUGGGACAGGGCCAGGGGCAGCCCCUGGAGCUGUGGUUGCAGAAAGGCCCUCCGGUGGGGCUGAGAGCUGGCACUAGGGCCCUGGGGUCAGGUCCUUUGCCUGAGGACUGCAGGCUUUCUGGGGGCCCUUUCAGUCACUCAUUCACGCUGCAAACAUCCCGAGCACAUCGUGCCAGGCACCCAGGCCCGGAGGAGUACAGCAGCCCUGAGCCUUCCUGGGGGGUGCUGCGUGGGCCCGGAGAGGGAGGGGCUCCUACGGGGAGCUGACGGGGUCCAGGUCUUGAACCAAGAACCCACUGAAGGGACAAGGGGCCCUUCCGAGUGCCCACACGUGUCCCUGCUGCCCUUGCACCUGAGGGCCUGGGCGGAGAUUCAGGGACACCUCCCCACCCCCACCUCCGCACUCCAGGCUCAGCUGUCCCAGUCUGGGGUGGCUUGGAGUGAGACUUUUCUCUCCGUGGUCAGGUCAGAGGAGGACCCUCUGUUAGCCAUGGUGAUUUUCAGCCUGAACUUCGUGAGUCCCUCCCCCCCGGUUUAGGCCACCGCCAGGGACCCACAAAGGCCAGGCAGGCUCACUGACAGCCUGUGGAUGCCACGGCCUGGCUGGGCAUCUGGGCCUAGCAGGCAGGCAGGCAGGACUGGGGCCUGUCCAGCAGGUGUGAUGGGCUCUUACUGAUCGACCAUGUGAGUUUUGUCUUUUAAUUUUGAAUGUUGAUGCCUUUAGUGACGCGUUCUCUCCGUAGGCCUCACGGCUCCCACGGCCCUGGUGUCCUGCCCUGGCUGACCCUCCUGCUGCUGACCUCUGCUGGCCAGCCCCCCAGGGGGCACUGCAGCCCGUCCCCAGCCUGGCUCUCAAGCCCUCCUUUCUGACCACCCCCCCCCCCCCCAGGGACAGUCACGCUGUCUGUCACUGCCCCGUCCCCUGUGCUCCGGCCGCACCAGCCUCGCUGCCACUGUGGGGCUGCUUCUUGCGGGCAGCGCCCCCUGCCUUCCUGGGGAUCCAGGCCGGUUCCCCUCGUCUGGGUGCAGAGUUCACCGUUGUCCUGCGGUACCUUCCCAGCCCUGCUGGCGACCCGCGGCCCUGGCCCUUGAGACCUUGAGAUGGACGAGCCUCCGUCAAGCCCUGGAAAAGACCCGCUGAGAGAGGGUGCCUCCAGCAUGGCGGCGGCCGAGGUGCCCGGCUACCUCGUGUCCCCGCAGACGGAGAAGCACCGGCGAGCCCGCAACUGGACGGACGCCGAGAUGCGCGGCCUCAUGCUCGUCUGGGAGGAGUUCUUCGACGAGCUGAAGCAGACGAAGCGCAACGCCAAGGUGUACGAGAAGAUGGCCAGCAAGCUGCUGGAGAUGACGGGGGAGCGCCGGCUGGGCGAGGAGAUCAAGAUCAAGAUCACCAACAUGACCUUCCAGUACAGGAAAUUAAAAUGCAUGACAGAUAGCGAGUCCGUCCCGCCCGACUGGCCCUAUUACCUAGCCAUUGAUAGGAUUCUGGCCAAGGUCCCCGAGUCCUGUGAUGGCAAACUGCCGGACAGCCAGCAGCCGGGGCCCUCCACGUCCCAGACCGAGGCGUCCCUGUCGCCGUCUGCUAAAUCCACCCCUCUGUACUUACCGUAUAACCAGUGCUCCUACGAAGGCCGCUUCCAGGAUGAUCGCUCCGACACCUCCUCCAGCUUACUGUCCCUUAAGUUCAGGUCGGACGCGCGGCCCGGGAAGAAGCGCAAGGUGCAGAACUGCCACCUGCGGAAGAAGAAGCUGCGGCUGCUGGAGGCCAUGCUGGAGGAGCAGCGCCGGCUGAGCCGCGCCGUGGAGGACGCGUGCCAGGAGGUGCGCCGCGUGCUGGACCGCCAGAACCUGCUGCAGGUGCAGGGCCUGCAGCUGCAGGAGCGCAUGAUGAGCCUGCUGGAGAAGAUGAUCGCCAAGUCCAGCGUCUAGGCCGCCCGGCCCGCGGGGAGCGCCCCGGGGCUGCCCCAGGCUCGGACGGACGCGGGCCGGCGCCUCCGGGGUCCCACCCCGGGCCGGCCCCCUGGUGAGAACCUCCCGGAGGCUGUCCUCCCGUACAGUCACUGUCGCUGGCCCUUGAAACGGCUUUGGGUAUUACACGUGGGGUCUCGUUCCUGCCGGAAGUCAUUUCCACAGCUCGCAGGGAGCACGCCAGGCCGGUCGACUGCAAAACAGGCAAACGGAAGCGGCUUAGUGGCGGCUUUGUGCCCGGGAGGGAAACUCUGGAAGGGGCGACGGCUGUCCUCGCGCUCUCGGGGUCUGCUGCCCACCUCCUAGGAUGAGCUCCGACGGUGGAGCCGACCCCAGACGGCCGCUGCAUCCCUCUUCCCCGGGCGUCGGGCCUCCCCGUGAGGACACCGGCGAAGCGAUGACGGCUGUCCGCGUGCACCAGGCCGCCCGGUUUUCCAGGCCCAGGGAUGUCGUGCUGACGGGGCAGAGCCCGGGCCUCAGGCACUCGCGCUCCAGCCGGGGAGGCAAACGAGUGAAGACGGGAAGGACGGGAUAGCGGGUUGUGGUCAGCGCUGGGCGGGAAAGGCGGCCCCGAGCGUGAGGAGCUGUGGCGCCCCAACCACCAGCGGGAGCAACCAGAUUCCAGGAGCCCUGGACGGCGCGACUGGGCCGCAGAGGCACGGGGAGCUUUCGCGUGCCGUGCUGGCUGUGGUGCUCUGGGGGUCCGGACCCGCGGUGCAGGGACGAGCUGGGGGUGGCGGGGUCCAGAGCUGCAACGUAGAGCUCGCCUCCCCUGCCUCUGCCCUUUCACCAGCAGGAAAACCUGUCCAGACGCUUCUCUGCUGAAUUGCUCCUAAGUCUUGUUGGCUCCUUGGGCUUUUGGUCCCUGGCUGCACAGGGUGCUGGGCACAGGACCGUCUGGUUCACCCCUGGGACCAGCCUGUCGCUGCCCACACAACAGGGCUCUGAGGAGACAUGGCAGGUGGGUUAGGGCAAGUGCCGUGGUUUCCCUUACGGUCUAGAAAAGCUCCUUCUGGCCGCUCCUGGGCAGACGGGUGGGGGUGGGGGCCAAAAGCAGAGGUCCUGCCAGGAGGCUGUCACCAUGAUUUUGGUGUGACAGUGACCAGCUUAUCUGAAGUCAGCCGCCCGUGGCCACCCGCGAGGUGCAGAGGCCAGCCCUCGGCCUGGCUGCGGUGAGGGAGACGCUGGGUGUUCUGUGGAGCCCAGAGGGCAGAGCCAGACUGGCAGGACGCCCCCUGCUCAGCCGCCUCGGGGACCUCCCCGGAGUGCACGUGCCGUGGACUCAAACCCUAUUGCUUUGGUACUGAAGGCCCCGGUCUGGCGAACGUUCACAGGCGGCUCUGCCGAAGCACAGACUUGCCAAUUCGCACGGUGUCUGCGUUCCCGCCAAGGCCGGUUCGGCUACCGGCGUGACGUCGCUGGACCCACGUGGGAGAGAUCCACACAGAACAGGCCCCGGCACCCCGCGGCAGAGGAGAACCUGGGGGGUCUCGUGCUGAAGACCUGAGUGGGGGGCAUGCCCACAGGAACCCACCAGUCUCUGAGACGAGUUCCUGCCGCGAGAACUCAGCUGUUUGGCAAACACCGAGGACAGAACCCCGUCAGAGCGGCCGCGCCAGAGGGGCGCCCGAGGUGGCCACAAAGUUAGGCGGGAGGUCCCUCCCCUUACACGCCUUUGCUUUGCUGGCACCGUGGUUGUGGCGUGUUAGCGUGUGGGUAACUGCGGGGCAGCAGGCGCAGUUCUGCAUUUGUGUUUAGAGAUAAUUUGCACUUUUUUGCUCCCUCUCUGAGUGGGGGGUCAGUGCUGUUUCUGUGUCUUGCCGAGUGGGCACUGCCCACCUGUCCCGUGGGCUGGAGCGGAAUCCGGACGGUCAGCGGAACUCAGCUGUAGGACCGCCUGGGCCGCACCCUUCCUGGACAGCGUGUCCUCGGCGAGUUUCUGGUUUGUUCUGUAGUUACCGGUCCGUGAAGGGGGGGAAAGUGACCGUAUCGGUGAACGCUAAGCUAUUUGAUAAGAUUCAGCGAAACAACAUGUUAACACUGAAAACAAGUCAGGAACCAGAUGCGCGUGCUUGCUUUCACUGUUAUUAGUUAGCGUUGACGUUGAUAGCUGAUGCAUUAAGACAAAUGGGCAGGAUGAGAGAUGAAACGAAGAAAUAAAAAUUGCCUUAUUUUCAAGUGAGAUCUUUGUAUGCCCAGAAAGCCAAACGUACAGAUCAAGAGCUCUGUAAACUACCCUGACCCUGUGGCAUCCGAGACUGGAGCAUUCCAUGCACGGUCAUGACUGAGAACUACAGGGAAUCUGUGAGUGAGUUUAACCAGAAAGGUGCAGGAUCGACAGGAAGAAAACUGCAGUUUAUUGUUAAAUCUGAAACGGUUCCUGAGCAUGUGGGGAAACGGCGUACUCCUACAAGUUCCAGAAUAAAGUGUCAUCACUUUGUUAGUAUAAUUCCAACUAUAUUUUCAA